AUGCAUGAUAAAGGUCACUUUGGUGUCAAUGCUGCCCGAGUGAGGACAUCUGCUAGCAACUGUGCGCAACGACUAUUAGGUACAAUGUCAUCCAAACUGGUCGAAACUCAAGGCGAGAUUGAGAAAUACGAUGAUAUACCAAUUUUUGAUCUUGGAUUUUUUGUUAAUAUCUAUGCGUACAACUUUCAGUAUCUCUACAGUCCAUCGAAGACAAAAAAAUUAUUUGAAUCGUUCAUAUUUGAGAAUGAGUCGGCCACUGAGUGCCACAUCCCACGAGGUCAACUUUUUAACCUGAAGCACACUCAGCUACAGCCUAUUGGUUCUGUCAUUGAAAUAUUCUCUUUUCCCGAGACAGCAGGGUUCAGCAAUUCUGGGGAGUUCGAUUUUCAAAUGAUUUACGAAGGACUGACCAUAGCAGAGGGGAAAUCAGCAAUGGCGUGCGAUGUUGCCGAGGCGGAGGCGUGUCCCGGACGCCCGGGUCAUGUGAAACUGGUUUUGAGGGAAGAGUCAACUGCCGAAAAUUGGAAAUCUGUGUCGACUAAAGUCGAAGAUAGUCAUUAUCUCGUUCCGUCGGAAGUAGUUGAUAAUUUCCACAAGGCGCUUGAAUGCAGGGCUCUUACUACCAAUAUGUCUGUUGUCAACUCAUCAUUACAGGCCAGUGAUGAGAAUGCCGAAUAUAUUCACUUUUCUACCAGAAGAGAUGGUCCCGGAGUUCAGACAACUGCUAUGUCUAAGAAAGAUCGUUACACCGUUUUUGACAUUGGAAUUGCUUUUCCUUGCUCAACAUGGCCUUCAGCCGCCAGAGAAUGGCUGACACGUCCCAGACCUGGUGGAUGGCCUUCUCAGAAAGUUAUCGAUCACAUAGUGAGGCGGAGAUGCAUGGUGGUCCCUGCACCAUCAGUCGAAGGUUCUAAGUCACUUGAGUGGCAGCUUUCAUUCAGUUUAGUCGAGCGUAUCCUGGCUCGAGAUUUGCUGAAAACACAAGCAGUGUGCUAUAUCCUUAUCAAGCUUAUUUACAUCAACUACCUAAGACAACCGCAUAAACCCGGCAUCCGACCAUACCAUCUCAAGAACAUCUUUUUACGCCUGCUUGAAAGAAUUCCACUGAAUACGUGGGAUUACGUAAACAUGGGCAGACGCACCAUGGAUCUCCUGCACGAACUGGACGAAUGUCUAAGUAAGAGAUUCUGCCCACACUACUUCAUGCCUCAGGUCAACCUAUUUCACGAUCUCAGUGACGACAUACUCGCAGAGACACAGACAAAGCUCAGGGAAUUGGUACUCAAGCCAAAAGAUGGUGUCAUGUGGUACGGCGAUCCAAACCUUUUACUACCAAGCCCACCAAUCGCCAAGUUGGCAUUCACCAAAAUAAUGACUGACGUCACCGUGAAAGCCAGGUCAUCACUCAUUUGCAUGUCAUCCUCAACAACUCCCGGUCUGACACUUGAGAAUUAUAUUUCGAAGGUGAAAGGGAUUCUGGGGGAUGUCUGCAAAGAAGUUGAAUGUGACUUGAAUGAUAAAGACGUGGAGUUAUCUGACUUUCAAAAAGCUAAAAACGACAUGUUUAACAACGUUUACCCUAAAGAAGUAAAAAAAUUUGCAGAUUUCAUGGUUGGAAAAGAAACGACUAAGAAAGCUGGAGAGGGCGAUAAUGUCUGGUUAACUUCUGUCAUGUUGGCAGCAAGCAAAUGCCUAGAUGACUUACUGUACUUUAUCAAACCGCUGAAAGCCUAGGAAUUGUACUACGUGAUUUCUACAUGUGCACAAAACCAUGAUUCUUAACAAAUUGUAACACACAAAGUAAUUUGUCCUGCUUUUAUACUUUUAUAUUUUUUCUUUUUUGCUUUCUGUUAUGGACAUGUUAUAUCUCAUGUUUACUGUAUACAAAACGGUUGGAUAAACAUGUAGAGGGUUUAG